AGUUAAAUAAUUGUAAACUGGAAACAGAAUCCCGUCAGUAGCUCUUAGCCAUUUUUUUGUUGUCACUCUCCAGCUUUUUCAAAAGUGAUGCUUUGUUCUGCAUCUCAGCGCAUAUUUUCAAGUGUUUAGUUUAGCUUCCUCGCGAGGAAAAGCCUUGCAAACAUGUCUGACUUCAUCGAGAGCGAGGCUGAGGAGAAAGACCUGAAGCCCAAGAAGACACAGAAGUUUAUGGAAGAAGAUGAAGAAGAAGAGGAAGAAGAGAAUAUUGAAGAUCAGAUUGAACUAAUGAAGUAAAAAAAAAUGUUCAGAAAAAGAAGUACUCGCGUGUGCAAACCAUGGAUGAUGAAGGGGAAGAUGAUGAGAAAGACAUGAUCGCUGAUGAGAUCUUCACUGGGGAUGGUGAUGGAGAUGGAGAGGUGGAGGAUGGAGAGACUGUGGACACACUUCACCCUAGAGAUGACGAAGAGGAGGAAGAUGAUGAGGAAUCUGAUAUUGAUGAUUUCAUUGUGGAUGAUGAUGAUGGACAGCCCAUCAAGAAAAAGAAAGGAAAGAAAUUCCCUGGCUACACUAAUGCUGCUUUGCAAGAAGCUCAAGAGAUAUUCGGCGGUGAUUUUGACUUUGCCGAGUUUGACACUGAGGCGUAUGAUAAUGCAGAAGAGGAAGAAGAGGAGCAGGAUGAAGAGUCAUGGGAUCAGCCAAAGAAGCAGACCAAGAGAAGAGUUGGCCGUCGUAGCAUAUUUGAGAUCUAUGAGCCCAGCGAGCUGGAGAGCAGCCACAUGACCGAUCAAGACAAUGAGAUCCGCUCCACAGACAUGCCAGAAAGAUUCCAGUUGAGGGCCAUCCCUGUAAAGCCUGCUGAGGAUGAUGAGCUGGAGGAAGAAGCUGAAUGGAUUUACAGGAAUGCCUUCUCCACACCGACCAUCUCCAUGCAGGAGAGCACAGACUACCUGGAUCAUGGGACAACCACCAAUUUCAGCAGAAAGGGUCCCAAUACCAUUGCUAAAAUCAAAGAAGCACUGAACUUCAUGCAGAACCAACACUUUGAGGUUCCCUUCAUUGCAUUCUACAGAAAGGAGUACGUGGAACCAGAGCUGAACAUUUAUGACCUGUGGAAGGUGUGGCAGUGGGAUGAGAAGUGGACUCAGCUGAAGACCAGAAAGCAGAACCUGACACGUCUUUUCCAGAGGAUGCAGUCUUAUCAGUUCGAGCAGAUCUCAGCUGACCCUGACAAGCCACUGGCAGACUCGACUCGUCCCUUAGACACUGCUGAUAUGGAGAGGCUGAAAGACGUCCAGUCUCUUGAUGAGCUGGGAGACGUCUACCACCACUUCCUGCUCUACUAUGGCCGAGACAUUCCCAAGAUGCAGAAUGCAGUCAAGGCCAGCAAAAAGAAACUGAAAAAGAUCAAGGAAGUGUCAGAGGAAGAUGGAGAAGAGGCAGAAGUGGAGGAAGAAGAGGAAGAAGAUGAGCAUAAGGGUCCAGAUCUAAAACAAGCUUCCCGUAGAGAUAUGUACAGCAUCUGUCAGAGCGCAGGCCUUGAUGGUCUUGCCAAGAAGUUUGGUCUGACACCAGAGCAGUUUGGAGAAAACUUGCGAGACAGUUAUCAGAGGCACGAAACGGAGCAGUUUCCUGCCGAGCCUUUGGAACUGUCCAAGGACUACGUGUGCAGUCAAUUUAACAGCCCGGAGGCUGUUCUGGAAGGUGCUCGCUACAUGGUGGCCAUGCAGAUUGCCCGUGAACCGCUCGUCAGGCAUGUGCUCAGACAGACCUUCCAGGAGAGGGCCAAGAUUAACAUCAAGCCAACUAAGAAGGGCAAGAAGGAUGUGGAUGAAGCGCACUAUGCCUAUUCCUUCAAGUAUCUCAAGAACAAGCCUGUGAAAGAGCUCAGUGGAGAUCAGUUCUUGAAGAUGUGCCUGGCUGAGGAGGAAGGCCUGCUCGCCAUAGACAUCUGCAUUGACCUUGUGGGAGUCAAAGGGUACGCAGGAGAUCAGACCUACUUUGAUGAGAUUAAGCAGUUCUACUACAGGGAUGAGUUCAGUCACCAGGUGCAGGAGUGGAACAAGCAGAGAACUCUUGCCAUUGAACGGUCCUUGCAGCAGUUCCUGUAUCCUCAGAUAGCCAAGGAACUGAAAAACAAGCUCGUCACUGAAGCCAAAGACAAUAUUAUUAAGUCUUGCUGCAAGAAGCUGUAUAACUGGUUGAAGGUGGCUCCUUAUCGGCCUGAUCAGCAGGUAGAGGAGGACGAUGACCUUAUGGAUGAGUCGCAAGGAAAGGGUAUCCGUGUACUCGGGGUGGCAUUUGCUUCCGGCAGAGAUACACCAGUGUUCUGCUCCCUCGUUAAUGGUGAAGGAGAGGUUGUGGACUUCCUCAGGCUUCCUUACUUCCUGAAGAGGAGGAAUGCAUGGAGAGAGGAUGAAAGAGAGAAGAAGCUUCAAGAUAUUGAAAACCUCAAGAAAUUCCUCCUUAGUAAGAAGCCACAUGUUGUCGCUGUUGCUGGGGAGAAUCGUGAUGCUCAUAUGGUGAUGGAGGACAUCAAGCGCACCAUCAGUGAGCUGGAGCAGGACUCCUCUCUGCCUGCGGUGGGGGUGGAGCUGGUGGACAACGAACUGGCUAUGCUUUAUAUGAAUGGCAAGAAGUCUGAGGCGGACUUCAGGGACUAUCCACCUCUGCUUCGGCAGGCUGUGUCUGUGGCUCGUAAGAUUCAGGACCCCCUAGUGGAGUUUGCCCAAGUUUGUAGCAGCGAUGAGGACAUCCUGUGUUUGAAACUGCAUCCCCUGCAGGAGCAUGUAGUGAAAGAGGAGCUGCUGGGCGCUCUUUACUGCGAGUUCAUAAACCGGGUGAAUGAGGUUGGUGUGGAUGUGAACCGGGCCAUAGCUCACCCUUACACCCAGAGCCUGGUCCAGUACAUCUGUGGCCUUGGACUUAGAAAGGGCUCACACCUGCUCAAGAUUCUUAAACAGAACAACACUAGGUUGGAGAACAGGACCCAGUUGGUCACCAUGUGUCACAUGGGACCCAAAGUCUUUAUUAACUGUGCUGGUUUCAUCAAGAUUGACACUGCCUCUCUUGGAGACAGCACUGACUCCUACAUCGAGGUCCUGGACGGUUCUCGGGUGCACCCUGAAACAUACGAAUGGGCACGUAAAAUGGCAGUGGAUGCUCUAGAGUACGACGAGUCAGCAGAAGAUGCCAACCCAGCCGGAGCACUAGAGGAGAUUCUUGAGAACCCAGAGAGGCUGAAGGACCUGGAUCUGGAUGCCUUCGCUGAGGAGCUGGAGAGACAGGGUUAUGGUAAUAAGGGAAUUACACUGUAUGAUAUUCGAGCAGAGCUUAGCUGUAGAUAUAAAGAUUUGAGAGCGCCAUACAGGUCUUCAAACACAGAGGAGGUCUUUAACCUGCUCACCAAAGAGACACCUGGGACCUUCUAUAUUGGUAAACUGAUCACCUGUGUGGUGACUGGCAUAGCUCACAGAAUGCCACAAGGUGAGAGUUACGACCAGGCCAUCCGUAAUGAUGAGACGGGACUCUGGCAGUGUCCAUUUUGCCAGCAGGACAACUUCCCUGAGCUCGGUGAGGUGUGGAAUCACUUUGACAGCGGCUCCUGCCCUGGGCAAGCCAUCGGAGUGAGAACUAGGUUAGAUAACGCUGUCACAGGCUUCAUCCCGACAAAGUUUCUUAGUGACAAGGUGGUGAAGCACCCUGAAGAGAGAGUCAAGGUUGGCAUGACCGUGCACUGCCGUAUCAUGAAAAUUGACAUCGAGAAGUUCAACGUGGAUCUCACUUGUAGAACGUCUGACCUGAGUGACAAAAACAAUGAAUGGAAGCUUCCCAAAGAUACCUACUAUGAUUUUGACGCUGAGGCAGAUGAUGCGAAACAGGAAGAGGAGCAAAAGAAGAAACAGUAGAGAACCACUUACAUUAAGCGAGUGAUCGCUCACCCGUCCCCUCGCUCUCAGACUUGACUCGAGCCGUCAACGCUCUCCCACGAAACAUGACAUCCCAGAUGUUCAACGCCAUAGCGGCGGUUACAGGCCAGGGCCAGAAUCCCAACACGACGCCGGCCCAGUGGGCCUCCAGUCAGUAUGGUUACAGUGGCGGCAGCAGUGCAGGAGGUGGCGGCAGCAGCAGCGCUUAUCAUGUGUUUGCAACGCACCAGCAGCCAAUGGCCACACCCAUGAUGACGCCCAGCUACUCUUACACCACACCUGGCCAGCAGCAGGCCAUGACCACGCCCCAGUAUCCCAGCAGCACCCCGCAGUCCUCACACGGACACCACCAGCGUUCAGCCUCCACCCCAUCAUCCUCGUCAUCGAGAAUGCGGAGUGCUACUACUGCUUUCUUGAAAAUGCAAAACCAUGUUUACUGUCGCACCAAAAAUAAUCAGUGCGAUAAGCAUUUGAAUCUGAAUGAACGGUUGUUGAUGCAUCUGUUCAGACCUGUGCUUUGUACAUUAUCCACACCGCCGGCGCCAGGGGGGGUCUUGGGGGGUCUCAAGACCCUGCCAAAAAAUGCCUUGACCCCCCAUUUGACCCCCCAGCCUCUUCCUGAUUAAAAAAAAUAUAUAUAUAUUCGGGAUAAAGAUCCAAAAAUGUUUCUCUUCAAACUACGCAGAACAAUAAUAAAUAAUAAUUAUUCCGACAUUUAUUCAUACACUGAACCGAGAACCGUUUCUGUCGGACGUGUCCGAUUCGAGAACCGAUGAGCUGAUGAUAACUGCGCAUGCGUGAUUCAGUUUGAAGCAGUCUGACACAGAGCGCAUCUGAACCGAACUGAUUCUUUUGGUGAUUGAUUCUGAACUGAUUCUGUGCUAAUGUUAUAAGCGUGGGUAAACCAAAGGCUUGAAUGAAGGGCAAUCAUCGCCAAUGACGGCAUUACAUCGAGCGCAAAAGAACCGGUGAACCAUUUUUUUUCUCAACUGGUUUAUUUGAUCGAAUUGUCCAAAAGAACCGGUUCACUUGAGCACCUGCUCCUUUGCCCCUUAAGUGCCCUUUUGUCAAAGCAAAAUUUCCUCGAAUUAUUUUUGUAAUUACAUAAACUUUUGUGAAUGCCUGCCCAUGCCCAAUCAUAAUAUUAGUACAAUUUAUUAAUAAUAAUUUAGCCGUAAAUAAAAUGACCAACAUGAUGACCGUUCACCUGACUACGACCUAAUCCAACCGGGAAGAUUCCUCAUGCUGCACGCGCAUUUUUUAAUUGCUAGAGGAUAUUUUCAUCAUCGUGGCAGCUCGUAAGUGGUGUUUCAUUCUCAGCGAAGUGAUUUUGAUGUUUAUUUACUUAUUAUUAUUUUACAAGAACGAUGUGAUGUGAGAACAUGCAGAUACGUUUUUUAUAUUGCUGUGUGUAGCCUGUAAUAAUAAUUAUCACAACACUGGUAAGGCUUAUUCAGAUUUUCUCAUUCUCUGAAUUAUCAUUAUAAAAAUAAAAACAAUUCAGAAAUGAAUUAAAAUAUAAUUAUAAUUUAAAUGUGAUGCAAAUAUUUUUUCUACAAUAGCAACAGUGUUUACAACAGCAAGACCACUUUAGCCUGUAAACUCAAUAAUAUCUAUCUGGAAAUAAAUGUUAAAAUAUCAAUGUCAAUAAAAAUCUAUAAUAUACCUGACAUGAAAGUGAAGUGUGAAGGAUAUGAAUAACAAAUGUAGCCUGUCAUUUGUUUACAUUGCAAAUGUGUUUUUGUUGUUGAGUAGCAGUAAUAAGCAGUUAUUAGCCAUGUCCACUGUAUUUUUUGUUGGUUUUCAUGAGACCCCCCUUGAAAAGACCAGGACCCCCCAUUGCCCCCCCAAUCAAAAUUGUCUGGAGCCGCCACUGAUUAUCCAUGACAGAGUAAAGUACUAAAAGUGUUGUCUGUGAUCCCUGCAGGACAAGUUCCCACACUGCUGUGGAUUGGGGUAAAAUGGCUGAACAGUGGCUGCAGGAGAAAGAAGCCGAGCGGCGCAAGCAAAAGACGCCCCGCAUGACGCCCCGACCUUCACCCAGCCCCAUGAUCGAGAGCACACCCAUGUCCAUCGCCGGAGACGCCACUCCCCUCAUGGACGAGAUGGACCGAUAGGAGUAGGGAAGAGGGGUGUUCAGACAUUUCAUAUAUAACCAAAUUCAUCAACAUCCCAUCUCUCACCCUCCGACUUUUGCUCUUUCGUUGCUAGAAGUAUCUCUUUGAGUCAUUCAGAGCUACUGAUACAGAUACAGACACUUGAAAUGUGCUGAUGACAAACAGAUUAGGAAAUGGACCUACAAUAAACGUUUGUCACAAGGGUUUUCCUUUUUCUUUUUUUUUAAGUAUGUGCGUGAUGCACCCCAUUUUUCAUUUCAGUUUUUUAACUAAAUUUAAAAGGGAAGGCUUCUAGCAUGAGACGUUGCAUGAUUUUUGCCCAUGCGAGCUGGUAUACAAUCAGCAUAAGAUCAUUAGUUCAGUCCCACUCAGAGAGCUUUUCUUUCCUGUAUCUGGUUUAAACAUUUAAAUAAAACCCCGUUUCAGUAUGAACCAGAGCACUGUAAUGAUUCAUAAUCUGUGUUCUGUUGAGCUGCUGCUACGCAAAGAAUUAAGCACUGGGGAGAUCUGUAAAGCUAUUUAGCAAUUCAUUUAUCAGCUAAAACAAAAAUGAAGUAUGUGACUUUGAAAGAGAUCCUGUAAAUAUUGUUUUUUGGGGCAGUUACGGUGAUCAGAACAUAUGCAUUUCAAAUUCAGAACUUUGAAAAAUUCUUUUUUCAAGGUCAUCUUUGAGUUUUUCCAAGUUCAGAAUCAUACAUUAUUUCUCAUAAUGUGCUUCUACAAGAAAACUGAACUACUGUGCUAGAUACUGACGACUCUCUGAUCAGUUUUUUUUUUUUUUUUUUUUGCUUUUUCAGUUUGGGGGCUGUUUGUGUUUGUGAAUGUGUCUUUGCUGGGCCAGACCUCCUUCCACACAUGCUGUUUUGAACAGUGUCUUUCCUUCAUGUACAGUCCCUUGUAUCACUAUAGACAGAAAUUGACAUUCAAGCGAAAUGCACUUUAUGAACAGGCUCCUUAUACUGUAACAAAAUUUUCACACACCAAACAUAGUUCUGAUUUCCCCACCACCUCCAGUAUAGAGAAUCUUCUAAUUUCUGGGAAGUGUUUCUGACCUGAUCAUGUGUUCUUAUAGUACUGAGGCUAAACGAUGCCUUCAGGUCAGGAAGUGAGCUCGGUGUCUAAAUCGUUCUGUUCAGUGCACUUCACGGAUGACAUCCAUUUAGUUUCUUGCCUUUGAUAAAGUUUGUCAAAAUGAAA